AUGGUCACUACCACCGGCGAGCCGGCUCUUGACGUCGCCGACCCUCACGCGACUCCGACGAUCGAAGAAGCUCCCACCGACCACUCCAGGGAUAGUACUCAUGAUCCCAACCGCCGAUCUACUUUAUUGACUACUUCAUUCAAUACAUCCAUCAACAUCGACGAGUUUCGACCAGUACCCUCGCCGACUUCGAGGCUUCUACACCAACCCAUACUUCCCGUGCUUCCCGCACCCAUCAUUUCUGCACCUAGCGGCCAUGAAACUUCCCAUCCCGAGGCAGACCUCGCAGAGCCUUCUCUCCCCGAUCCCGCUCUCCCCAGAUAUCUCUUCUUACAUCCCAUCACUCUGGAUCCGCUAUUUCCGGAGCUGAUACCGCGGGAUCUCCCUCUACAAGAUAUCGUUGUUCCGGAACGUGGCUAUCAAGAAACCACUGCAUCUGCUGAUCUGUUUGCAGAGUAG